GUCGGGGCUUGACACUCAGUAUCAAUGUAAAUUUUCGCUUGAGUGGCGAACCGCCGGCGGAACUCCACAGAUUGGUGCACUGGAUUUGACGAGAACGCCAAUGCGAAAGCCAGAAUCGCGUUAUGAAGCAUUGGGGAGUAGUGGGCUACUUCCCCGCAGACGUCCUGCGACAAUGCUUUACUGUAAUCGCGAACGAAACAGGUGGGAUUCACCAUCAUGUUCCAGCUGCAGGAUUGAGAAAAAUAGGCGCCAAGGAUGAUGGUGUGUUCACUUGGGUUGAGAUCUGUAUCGGGUAGGUGACGAUUCCAGCGCGGCACAUAUGGAACAAAGAUCGCAGAAGGUGUGUCUCCUUCGUCGAGCCUUUGGUCCAACCGGCGAGGUGGAGUUUUUUGCACUGCACAGACAUACUAAGAUGGGGAUUGCCAUCUCCUAUUCCGAGCUUCAAACUGGUAGCUAGGAGGAAACUUGGACUUUUAUAUCGUAGAGGAAUAAGGUGGGUGCAGUAA